AUGAACAACUCCACGACGGCAUGGCUGGCAGCUGGGCAGUGCCAGCAAUACGAUCCCAUGCAAUUCAUCCUGGUGCCGGCCAUCUAUUGCUUGGUGUUGUGCGUGGGGUUGCCGGGCAAUUUGGCGGCCUUGCUCGUCUUCCUGCAGAGUGGACGGGUGCGGAAGGCAAUCCGUAUCUACCUCAUCAACCUCACACUGGCAGACAUCUUCUUCAACCUUACCUUGCCCUUCUGGAUCCCUUACUACCUGGCAGGGGGCAACUGGGAACUUCCAGAGGUGGUUUGCCGCCUAGCUGGUGCCACCUACUACUUGGCCACUUACAGUGCCAUGGCCUUCAUGACUCUCAUCAGUUUGAACCGCUACUGCACGGUUGCCAAGCUGGACCUGGCACUAAACAAGCCUCAGGGGGCGCUGGUGGGAUGUGCUGUGGCCUGGGUGUUGUGCUUAGCUUGUGCUGUGCCCUCUUUAGUCACCCAGCAGACAUACCAGGCAGGACCUCAAAACACAAAAUGCUUUGAACAGCACUCUGGCCAAAGGAGUUACGCCUAUGCCAUGGUGGCUCUGUUUGUGGCCUCCUUCCUGGUAGUGUUAGGGGCCUAUAUGUCCAUCAUGAGAUCUCUCUCGGCUGCUGCUGGCACCUGCCAAGGAGGACACCGGCGACGGGCACGUGCCAUGGUCCUUGGCAUGCUGUUGGUGUUUGUGACCUGUGUGGCUCCCUAUCACAUCUCCCUGGUUCCCUGGGUAGCUGCCUGGAUGUCCAUUUCCUUCUGCAGGCCUCCAUCAUUCCUGGAUAACCUCCAUAUGCUCAGCGUGGCCCUGCUGAGCCUCAACAGCUGCAUCGACCCGCUUAUUUACUGCUUCUCCAUCAAGUGCUUCCGGACUGACUUGUGGAGGAUGGUGCGGAAGUUCACCCGCUGCCCCCCAUUCUCCUCGUCACCACUGCCACCACCGCCUUUGCCACCACCACUACCCGAAAACCGAUUUCCACUCAAUAUCAGAUCAUCUUCUUUAACUUCCUCAUAG